UAACUCUAAAAGUAAAAACAACAUCAUGACCAAGUCUGCAUUUUCCUCCUUCUUGAUCAGCUUCGCUGUCUUCCCCUUAAUUGUUAUGUGGGUUUUUCCCCAGUUGGUUUCCUCAGUUUCUCGAAGACAGUAUAAUCAACUUGAACUUCCUUCCGGUACCUAUGGCCCUGAGACCCUUGUCUUCGACUGCAAUGGAGAAGGCCCCUACACCGGCGUCUCGGAUGGUAGAAUUCUCAAGUGGCAUGGCUCAGAGGUUGGUUGGAAGGACUUUGCGGUUACUUCCCCAUUGAGGACUUCUCGACUUUGCGAUGGCUUGUCAGACACGAGCGCCGAACAUGUAUGUGGGAGGCCGCUGGGCCUGAAAUUCAACCAAGCAACGUGUGAUCUCUAUAUUGCAGACGCCUAUUUCGGGCUGUUGGUGGUUGGGCGCAAAGGCGGCCUUGCUAGACAACUGGCAACCAGUGCAGAAGGGAUCCCAUUUCUAUUUGCGAAUGCCGUAGACAUUGAUCAAAAGACCGGAACUGUUUAUUUCACAGACACCAGCACUCGCUUCCGAAGAUGGGAGUUUGGAAUAGCGAUGGAAAGCGGGGAUAACACCGGAAGGCUAAUGAGAUAUGAUCCAAAGACGAAGAAAGUGAAAGUGUUGCUCAAACACCUAUUUUUCGCAAAUGGGGUAGCGUUAAGCAGAAACGGUAGUUUUCUUUUAGUGACGGAGACAAAUGCAAAUAGGGUUUUAAGGUUCUGGCUGGAAGGGCCGAGGUCUCAAACAAGGGAUGUUUUCGCAAAACUUGAUGGAUGCCCUGAUAACAUCGAGAGAAACCCUAAGGGUGAAUUUUGGGUAGCACAAAACCCCAAAUUUGAUUCUAUUGGAACUCCCCUACAAACUAACAUAUCCGCUCUUAAACUGGAUGAAGAGGGAAAGGUUCUGCGGGUUUUGAAUGAAGAAUUUGGCUCUUUGAGUGAUGUGAUAGAGAAAGAUGACUGCAUGUGGUUAGGGUCUGUGCUUCAGUCCCAUGUUGGCAUGAUACUUCAAUUUAAGCUUUCGUGAAUUGUUGGUUAGUUAAUUAGUUGAUGGCAUCAGAAAAUGAAGCUUUUGAAGGUUCCUACUAAAUGUAGGGAAUUAGACCCAUUUGUAUUUAUGUCAAUUUGGGAGUGAUUGUAUGUGAUAAAACCACUCUCAGUCUCUUUCAGAGCACUUCUCAUCAAAGUGCUUUAAAUGGAAAUAUUUGAUCCGAAAGUAUUUUUAGGAGAA